GUCUGAGGUUUAACGAUAGCUAGACACGUUGUAAUUUUAAUUUGAUGGCUUGUAAAAUCUGGCAUCUUAGUUUCGUUCUAGAUUUUCUGGAUUCUGAUUGCAAAUUGUCUCAGUGUUAGUUUCAUGUCAGCUGCGCAUUUGUGUGCAGAAUGAGCAGUUUGCUGCACAUUGCUUUCAAUCAGGACCAAGGGUGUUUUGCUUGUGGGACAACAAAUGGAUUUAGGGUUUACAAUGCGGAUCCUUUGAAGGAAAAGAAACGCCAAGACUUUAAAAAUGGCGGAAUUGCAUGUGUUGAGAUGUUAUUUCGUUGCAAUUAUUUGGCAGUUGUUGGUGGUGGAGCUACCCCCAGCGUAUCCAAAAAUAAAGUCAUGAUAUGGGAUGAUUUGAAAAAGAAAGUUGUCAUUGAACUUCUGUUUUCUUCUGAUGUUCGUUGUGUAAGGUUACGACGCGACAGAAUUGUUGUUGCGCUUGAUCGCCUUAUUAAAGUUUUCACUUUCACACAGAACCCACAGUCUUUACAUGUAUUUGAAACAGCAGAAAAUCCAUACGGACUUUGCCAACUUUGCCCCAGUAGUACAAACUCAAUUCUUGCAUUUCCUGCACGUUCCUUGGGUCAAGUCCAGUUAGUCGAUCUGUCAAAUACAGAGCAACCAAAAAUGGUCACAGCACAUGAGGCAUCUUUAUCGUGCAUUGCUCUUAAUUUACAAGGCACCAGAUUAGCAACAGCAUCUCAAAAAGGGACACUCAUUCGAAUUUUUGACACUCAAACGUGUGAUAAAUUAGUGGAAUUACGGCGAGGGUCUGGAAAUGCUAGAAUAUACUGCAUUAAUUUUAACGUUGAUUCAAGCUUUUUAUGUGUAUCCAGCGAUCACAGUACUAUCCAUGUCUUUUCUUGUGGUGACAAGCUGCUGCUCAGUCCCAAUCUACCAACAAGCAAUCGAAGUCUCGCACACGCAAAAUUUCUGCCAAAAUAUUUCAGCAGUCAGUGGAGUUUUUGUCGUUUCAGUAUUCCUACAUCUUCACAAUCAAUUUGUGCGUUUGGUCCAGAAUCAGACUCUGUAAUCGCAGUUUGUGGAGACGGAACUUACUACAAAUUUUCUUUCAACCUGAAGGGCGAAUGCAAUCGUGAAGCUUUCGCUCAUUUUUUGGACAUUACAAAUGCUGAUACUACUGACUAAUUGAUUUAACAAAUAAUAGUUUGGUGAUUACUGUAAAGGGAAAAAAAAUUGACUAUAAGAGGUGUGCUUUCAUCUAUAAUUAGCCCUGUUUUUAAGUGAAUCCGACCCUAGUCGAGUAAAUGGACUAUCAUAGCUUUUAUCUAACAACUGGAAUAAAUACAUUUCAACCAUCAAAGCACUUUUAAAGUUCUUGCUGCCUCUUCGACUAGACCAGUGAUUUUCAAACUGCAGCCAUCUCCCGAAAAAUUUAAAUAAAGCUAAAAAACAUUGUUUAUUUUUGCCUCUUCAGUAAUAACCAACACUGUCAUGUCACAUAUCUGGCCUAUUUGUGUGCAAUUUCAAUUCGUGAAUCAAUAGAAAUAUUGAUUCAUUCAUAUUAAUACAUUUAAUAAAGUGCACUAAAGUUCUGAUAUUGUACAGAAGUUUAAAUCUGAUCUGUUUAAGACACAUUCAAUCAAUCUUUUUGUCAAAUUUUGAGUACAAAAUUUCAUGUAUGAUUUUAUUAUUUGAGUAUUCUUUAUGUAUAUUUUCAAUGUAUUUUUUAUUAAUGAUCAAGUGCAAGUUUUAAAAUAACAGUAUAUAAAUAAGAUAUGUUCAUGGUAUACUUCAUCAUUAAACAUUAGCAACCAUCAAAGCGCAAAACUUAUUAUAAAGCUUAUCGUGUCUUGACAGUGGCAUAUAAUGUUAAACUUCUAUCUGUGUGUUAGACCCAAGUUUGAGUUACAUAGCAUAUGUUAAUACAAGAAAGGAUAUUGUAGCAAUAAAAUUAACAUCUGCUAGGGUAGCAAAAGAAGUACCGGUAUCUAUGUCACUAUGGUGCUCAAAAUUUAAAAAAAAGUCAAUUUAACGCAGAUUUUAAGAUUUGGCAUCUAUUGUGGUUAUGUGAGAUUUAUAUUUCAUGUUUUGCUUAUUAUUUGCAAUUCCCUUUGUAAAAGAUACUGUAACAGUGGCAAAAUAAAUAUUUUAAUGAAUAAUGA